UCUAGAUGCAGUCUCCCGCCAAACCCGUGCCGCAAAGUCGACGUGCACGCAUUCCUCUAUCGUGUGACCCCUGCCGCACGCGAAAGUGUGUAGACCAGACCACUGCAUCGUAGGAUCCGAGGCAUUGGCUCCAUUGCUGACCCAGAUAGACUCAAAUGCAAUCGGGUAUACCCUUGCCAGAAUUGUAUAAUUCGUGAUGAGCAGUCAGCAUGUCACUUUAAGGGGGCCAAGAUUGGCGCCCUUUCGAAUGCUCGGCGUGAGAGUCAGGCCGAUCCCAUGCGCCAACGGAUCGACCAGUUGGAAAAUAUGGUGAAGAGACUCAUUGCCCACCAGCCACAGAUACCACAGGAGCCCGCUUCUUUGACACCCGAAAACCCUAAGCUUGGCAACCUGAACCCAUCCGAUACACAAGAUGUAGCCUCCGCAGGAAAGAUAGUGCUCGAUGGCGCACAUUCCGUCUAUCAAGGUGGCGAUGAUUGGUAUGAUGUGUUAGAGGAGAUCGACAAACUCAAGAACACAUGGAACCAGGCCCAAGAUGACCGACGAGAGCAUCGAAUCCCUCCUCCACAGUCGCAACUGGCUGACGGAUCAAGCCUUUUGUUCGGUCAAGUGAAGCCCAUAGAUCGAAUCGAGAUCCUAGCCACUCUCCCACCCAAGCGCGAAAUGGAUAACCUGGUGGCUAUUUUCUUCGAUCGGCCAAGCUUCCCAAUCGCCGUUCCUCCCAUCAUUCACGAGCCGACCUUCAUGUGGGAGUAUCACGAGCAUUGCAAAAACCCAUCCCAAGCGAACUUCAUCUGGCUGGGACUCAUAUUCUCCAUUCUUGGUAUCGUCAUGCUAGCCUAUCACCAACACGGCGAGCCACCGGAGUAUGAAGGCCUCUCGGAAUCUCUCUUCCAACUGUACCGCAUCCGCACGGCGCAGUGUCUCCUGAGCGGUGACAUCGCUAAAUGCCUCCCCUACACCGUGGAGACCCUGCGCUUCAACGCCACAGCCGAGCUCAACCGCAAGGAUGACAACCGCCGCGGCCUCUGGAUCAUGACCGGCGUGCUAGUACGCACGGCCAUCAACAUGGGCUACCACCGCGACCCCGCCCACUCGUCACCCCCGAUCCCCCCCUUGCAAGCAGAGUAUCGUCGCCGCAUCUGGCUCGCCGUGAUCAGCAUGGACAACAUGACCUCGUUCGGCGCGGGCCUCCCUCGCAUGCUGUCCGCCAUAUGCUCCGACACAAGGGAGCCACGCAACCUGCACGACUGGGAGCUCCCCGCCAAUGCUGCCAUGGACCUUCCUCCCGCCCGACCAUUACGCGAACCCACCCCGGUGACCUACCUCAUUGUCAAGGGCCGUCUAUGCCACGCCAUCGGCCGCGUCGCAGACCUUACGUGCAACUCUACCCCAAGCAGCUACGCGGAUGUCCUCGCGACCGACCGCAUUCUAUCCGAAGCCUACGACAGCUUCCCUCCGCACAUGCAGCCACCGACACCACCGGCAGCAGCGCCGCCGCAGCCCCAGGAGCAGCUCCGCCUUUCCUACGCACAGAUCGGACUGUGGUCCAUCUACCACCGGGCGAUGUGCACCCUGCACCGCCGGUUCCUGGCCCCGGCCAAGACGAACCCGCACUACCGGUUGUCGCGGGAUCGGUGCCUCGCCUCCGCCCGCGCGCUGUUGGCUGCCCAGCGCGAUCUGUCCGAGCAGUGGUACCGGUUCGCACACACGCGCCAGACGCUCACCUUUGCGGCGAUGGUGUUCUUCCUCGAGCUGGAGCUGAUCCGCAAAUUCCCCGGCUCGGAGGACGCGGUGGAGCAGCCGGAUCUACUGCAGGAUCUGGAGACGUCGGUGGCGCUGUGGGAAGUGAAUAGGGAUACCUGUGACGAGGCUGGGAGGCAGUGGCAGGUCCUUGCUGGGAUGCUGGAGAGUGUUCGCACUUGCCCUGGUGCGAAAGGCGGUGAUAGUGCUGGUGAUAGCGUUGGUGGUGGUGGUGGUGGUGGUGGUGAUGGUGUUGAGGCGGCGUCGGCCGAUCAUGCAUCUGGCCUGGGGUUGUGGGGCCCUCCGUCCCAAAUGCCGGUCGUCGAUGAUUUCACUUUCGAGAAGGAAUUAGCCACCGUUGAGAUUGAUUGGGCUGCAUGGGAUUCUUACAUUGAAGAUGCUGGUUUUGAAUCGGGACCAAUCUACUAAUCCAUGCUCAUGUAUACCUAGAGAACGGAGAGGGCCGGAUAGCAAAGCAAGACCACAAUGGUAUACUAUAUCCACGCACAGAGCCAUCUCUAAUACACCCCACACAUGGUACUGCACUCCACCAGACCCCAACUCCGCACUCCUUUGCAAGAGG